UUUAACAUGGCAAAUUGACAGCUUUCGGUCUGUCUUGUCAUUAAAUUUUUCAGAUUCAGGAAUACUCAUUUUAAAAAAUGCUGCGCCAGCCGCUGUCCCGGGCGCUUGCGCUAUCUCCCAGCCGAGUCGCACCAUUAGGGGUUCGCAAAUUUGCCGAUCAAGUUCAAGCGCAGCCUGACAAAAUCGAGGUUUUUAUUGAUGACAAACCUGUGUAUGUACCACCUGGCACAACUAUCUUGCAGGCAGCGGCACAAGUAGGUGUGGAAAUUCCUCGAUUUUGUUACCAUGAGAGAUUAGCAGUGGCUGGUAACUGUCGGAUGUGCUUGGUAGAAGUGGAGAAAUCUCCCAAGCCUGCUGCAGCUUGUGCUAUGCCUGUGAUGAAGGGAAUGAGGGUUAAAACUGACUCUGACCUGACUAGGAAAGCCCGAGAGGGUGUGAUGGAGUUUUUACUGGUGAACCACCCCUUGGAUUGUCCAAUUUGUGACCAGGGUGGAGAGUGCGAUUUGCAAGACCAGUCUAUGGCAUUUGGUUCUGAUAAAAGCAGAUUUACUGACAUUCACUUUUCGGGAAAAAGGGCUGUGGAAGACAAAGAUGUUGGUCCAUUGAUAAAGACCAUUAUGACACGUUGCAUUCAUUGCACAAGGUGCAUACGCUUUGCGUCAGAGGUUGCUGGUGUUGAUGAUUUUGGAACAACAGGCAGAGGAACUGAUAUGCAGGUUGGAACAUAUGUUGAGAAAAUGUUUUUGUCUGAGUUAUCGGGAAAUAUUAUCGAUCUUUGCCCCGUCGGUGCACUCACCUCUAAACCUUAUAGUUUUGCCGCUCGACCCUGGGAGACCAGGAGGAUCGACUCUGUAGAUGUUUUGGAUCCUUUGGGUAGCAAUAUUGUUGUCGCAACGCGAACGAAUGAAGUGCUGCGUAUUCUACCCAGAACAAACGAGGAAAUCAACGAGGAGUGGUUAUCGGACAAGUCGAGGUUCGCAUGCGACGGUCUGAAGCGGCAGCGACUGGUGACGCCAAUGCUGGCGGACAGUCGUGGUAAUCUCACGCCGGUGGAGUGGGAGGACGCCGUUGUGGCCGCGGCCAGGGCUCUGCGGGAUUGUCCGCCUGAUAAGCUAGUGGCUGUUGCUGGUGAGCUAGCGGAUGCGGAAUCUCUUAUUGCCCUAAAAGAUCUGUUCAACCGUCUCGGCUCGGAGAAUGUGUGCACGGAGCAGUACUUCCCCCUGGAGGGCGCCGGCACAGAUUUGCGUUCUUCAUAUUUGCUCAACACCAAAAUAGCCAACGUGGAAGACGCCGACUUCGUGCUGUUGAUCGGCACGAAUGUACGUUUCGAGGCUCCGCUGCUAAAUGCACGCAUUCGUAAAGCGUUCGUGCACAAGGAAACUGACAUAGCGCUCAUUGGACCACAAGUCGAUUUAACCUACGAGUAUAUGCAUGUAGGCGACUCAGCUUCCGUCGUCAAAGAUCUCGCUUCCGGUACGUCAUCGCAUGAAGUUAUGAAGAGGCUGGAGAACGCCAAGCGGCCCGUAGUCAUCCUGGGAGCCGAUCAGCUCAAGACCCCUGAAGGAGCAGCUCUAUUGGCUUACACCCAGGAGUUGGCGUUGCGUCUGCAGGACAAACUCGUGGACAAAGAAUGGAAGGUGCUGAACGUGCUGCAGCGCACGGCGUCGCAGGUGGCGGCGCUGGACCUGGGCUACCGCGCGGGCGCGGGCGCGCAGCUGGCGGCCGCGCGCGUCGUGUACCUGCUGGGCGCCGACGCCGGCCUCGUCACCCGCGAGGCGCUGCCCAAGGACUGCAUCGUCAUCUACCAAGGUCACCACGGCGACGCGGGCGCGGCCAUCGCGGACGUGGUGCUGCCGGGCGCCGCCUACACGGAGAAGCGCGCCACGUACGUCAACGCGGAGGGCCGCGCGCAGCAGACGUGGCCCGCCGUCACGCCGCCCGGGAAGGCGCGCGAGGACUGGAAGAUCAUUCGCGCGCUGUCGGAGGUGGUGGGGUCGCGGCUGCCGUACGACAACAUCGACGAGGUGCGCACGCGCCUGAGCGAGGUGAGCCCGGCGCUGGUCGCGUACGGGGAGGUGCAGGACAACAACUACUUCGCGCAGGCGCGGACGCUGUCACAGAGCCUCCAAAAGCCUGUAUCGGGUAAGCUAGACGUGCAACUCAAGAAAUUAGAAGACUACUUUAUGACGGACUCUAUCAGCCGCGCCUCGCCCACUAUGGCCAAGUGCGUCCAAGCCGUCCUCAAGCAGAAGCAAUCACCGUACUAAACUAAAGCUACCGAUACACGAAUUCUUGAUCACCUCAAUCCAGCUAUUUUAUGAAAACUCGCAUCUAUACGAAGUGUCAUCAAAGAAAUUAGAACAUCAAUAAUCAUGAAUAAUAUUUUAUAUUAAAUAAAUGUAUAACAUUAUUAACUUAAUCUUCAAGUAAUAUCGCGUGAGUUUCAAAGUAUUCGUGUUUUAUAAUAAGUGAAAUAUCUUAUUCAUAAUUACUUUCCGUAGAAUGUUAAAUUUUAAGAAAAGUAUUUAUGGAUUUAGUUUAGUUAAUAAAUUUUGCCUUUCUGCAAUCAUUUUUACGAAGAAAAUACUUCAGAAAUGCACCUCGUACAGUCGACCGCACAUUCCUAUUCAAAUAUCUAAUUAUCUUAAAUUCUGUAGAUGGUUCGACUGUACUAUAAUGUUGUUAUAUGAAGCUAUUUAUUAUGUUUUUUAUUGUACAAGUAGCGAAUUUUCAAUUAUUCCAUCUUAUAAAUGUAUUAAUAAAUAUUAUGUAACCAAAACAGUAGCAAAGGAAUGGAAACAAAAUGCAACAUUUGGAUAUAAGGACAGGUUUUGUAAAUAUGCGUCUAGUAUAAAAUAAAUGUAGUAUAAUGAUUGUCGA